UCGAAGCGAAGCUCACAAAAUGUCACUUCGACUUGUCACUUUUUACUUGUCUACUAUAUUUUGAUUAGUAAUUUAAAUUGAAAUAAGAUCUUUUACAAACUGUAAGUUUAACAGAUGACUAAAUGAGAGUUAUCUGGUUUCAAUCGCAUUGUAUUAAUUUGCAUUACUGAGUUGUUUAGCAAAAGGAUUCCUCUAAUUAAUAUUCACCAAUGAUAAAAUCACAUUCCCCAUGUAUGGUUCAGCAUAACCUAAAAAUGGAGAAUGCUCUAAAAGAUGCUUUAAAUACCUCAACUAUGACUAGGACAGGCCACAGUGGAGGAGGAUGCAUAAAUCAGGGCGAGGCUUAUAUUACUGACAAUGGAACAGUGUUUGUCAAAAGCAACAAAAAAUCAAAGGCCCGAUUGAUGUUUGAUGGAGAGUUUGAAGGACUCAGUGCUAUCGCAGCCACCAACACAGUUGCAGUGCCUAAACCCAUCAAGGUGUUGGAUAAUCCUGAUGGAGGUGCCUGUUUGGUCAUGGAGUUCCUAGAGAUGAAAGGGCUCAGAAGAUUUUCAGCACACUUGGGCGACAGUUUGGCCAAAAUGCACCUCCAUAAUGAGUCACUGAGAAAUUCUAAGGAUUCUGGACACGUGAAGGAGUUUGGGUUUCACACACCAACUUGCUGUGGCUACAUCCCUCAAGACAAUACUUGGAAAGAGGACUGGGUGUUAUUCUUUGCGCAAAAUCGACUUGAUCACCAGUUUAGACUGCUGGAAAAAGAAAAAGGUGACAGGGAGGCAAAUGAAUUGUGGUCCAGACUUCAAAUUGUGCUUCCUACCUUCUUUAAGGAUUUAGAGAUCAAACCCUCUCUGUUGCACGGAGAUUUGUGGGGCGGAAACGCUGCUGAAACUAAGACCAAUCCAGUGAUAUUUGACCCAGCCACUUUCUACGGACAUCAUGAGUACGAUCUUGCAAUAGCUGGAAUGUUUGGUGGCUUCAAUCGAAGUUUCUAUGACGCCUAUCACAAAAUUAUUCCCAAAGCUGCUGGUUUUGAAAAUCGCCACAAACUUUAUCAAUUGUUCCAUUACCUCAACCAUUGGAACCAUUUUGGUAGCGGCUACAGGGGCAGCACUAUCUCUACCAUGAAAAGUCUUCUCAAAUGAUGUCAAAUCACAACCCUCAAUUUCACGAACUAAUCUAAUACCAGUUCCAAUUUUGAGGUGUUGUGAAUUGUGACAAAUUGUUUCAGUGGCCACUAUUGUACAUUUACCCAUUCUCUUUACCAUGGGAAACAGCUUUGAGCUAUUCAUUCAAUGAAAAUGUGCACUACAUAACGAGUCUUUCACUGCUGUUAAUUGUUUAAUAUUUGUAUCAUUUUAGUGGGCUAUGCUUUAAAGAGUAAUACCUAACAUUUGAGUGUCAUCUAAAAUGACAAUAUAUUUUUAAGUAUACAUGGAUUUUGUAUAGUUUACCUACACCAUAGCAAUCAUUUUGUGGGUAUACCCUAAUUAAUUAUGAACCAACUAAUUACAUGUCCUUAACUUUGUUUUUAAACACCAUGUGCUUACGGCUGAGGAUAGUAGGAGGGUCAGAACUGGCAUAGCAACUUUUCCUAUACUUGACAUUACCGCAUGAACCUGGCAAAAAUUAGAGGAAAUGAAUGUGUAUAAAAUUUUUUUAAUUUCUUUUCCUUGUAAUAUCUUUGAGAUAUAAAACAGAUUGUUAGAAAAAUACUCUUCACUGUUACAUGCAACAUAUAUUUUACAUACCGUAGGUUUUUAAAAGUUUUUAUCGUUGAUCUUCUUGAAUAAGCAAGCCUUUGUCUAGAAAAUAACAGACCAUAUAGUAGGCUUCGUCUCUGAAUGCUGUUUGUUAUUGGGCUGUUCUAUGAGUAAAUUUAGUGCAUUAAUAUAACACGCACACAAUGCAAAUAUCAAAUAUCCCAUAAAGCUCAUGUCUAUACUUAAACUAAAUUAAGAGUUAGCUUAACAAUCGAUACACAAUAAGUAUUGUGAUGAGUAAAGAGUUAUAGUAAUCAUAAAAAUUAUCUGUGUUUAUUUGAACUUUAUAAUGAUUGUCUCAAUUGCUUGGGUUUCUUUAGAUCAGUUUUCUCACUGAAUGAUUCCUGUGUAAAGUACUUACAGUAGAAACCUACUUAUCGGACCUCAGCUAGUCUGACUACUUGCUUAAUCUGACUGUGCCAUCGCCUAUUGGUGAAAUGUCAUUGCAGUUGUAUUGUGACUAUCCUGUAAAUCGGAUACCUCUCGAACACAGGGAACAUCAUCAUCGUCUCACAUGAUCACGGUAACUUUAUUGCUGUUAUCUGCGAUUGUGGCAGACUCCAGAAUAUCUCCUGUAGUGACUACAUUAUCUUUUGCGAUCAUAGAAAAUUAUUUAUUGUCGGAAACAUCAUCAUUUAUUCCCAGAGCAUGACAAAAUAUUGAAGGUCUCUCUUGACCACAGGAUUGUCCAUGAUCACGGAAAAAUCCUAGACAAAUCUCACAGUAAUCCUGAAAAUGCUGCUCCCCGGAUAAUUAAACCCUUUUACUGUUCCUGAUACGUCCCAUAUACUUCCCAUACUACUUCCCAUGAUACUUCCCAGUCACGUAGGUGACGGAUAAAUGAGGUUGUACUAUACUUUAAAAUUGUCAAUUUAAAUUUGUACUUUUUAUUGAUGCUGCAUUUAAUUAAAGAUGUCCUGUUAGUAGCUUUAUUUCACUUUUUAAUGGCUAGUUUUGAGUUUUUGCAGGGAAAUAUAUGAGCUUAAUAUUACUACUAGCUUCUAUAAAAUUAGAUAAGGUUUUAAGAGUAUUGUAAUUUUGGUUUUUGUAGUUAGCUUGACAGAUCUAAAGCUGAUGAUUUGCAGUUGUGUACGAUGUCAAUAAAAGCCUAUAUAAAUAUAUAUAUUAUAAUUUUGGCAGUGAGGAAAAUCCAAGGUUAAUACAUAAUAAUCAAACUAUUUCAAGAACAUAGUAAUGUGAAAUAAACUUACUUGUGUAAAUUGGAGACAGGUUUUGUUUAUCUGCAUUUAAAUAUACAAAUGUAAAAACAAGUACUAGCUUGCCCUAUAAUAAACUCUAAUAGCACUUCUAAACAGCAUAAAAAUAAUUAACUGUCUAAGUAAAAAAUAGAGAUUGCCAAGUUUCAAAAAAUAUUGUUUGUAUCUGUAGAAGAGAUAAGGAGCUAAUUUUUACAGAAAAAAUGUACGUAUUCAAAUGCCUCCAUUUGUGGUUGAUAUCAAUGCAAAUUAAAGAAACUAACUUAUUAUUUUUCAAGGAAAAGUAUAGAAUAGCUAAAGGUCUGUCAACACUAAACGCUUGUUUGCCUUUUAAAGAGCUAUUCAGCAUUUUUGUUAGUAUCAUAGCCACAUUUUUAUGGUGUCUUACAUUCUAUUAUAUGCAACCUAGACUAAUAGAUACCUUUAACAAUCAUGAACUCCCCUUAUUUGUACAUUUUAAAAUGAAUAUUUAUUUUUAAAACCUGUCUAGUUUUGUAUUUUUUUUUUAUAUGUUGAGUUGGUGAUAUUUUAAUGCUGUGAUAUUUUACUUUAACUUAAAUGACAGUUUACUGUACAUGAGUACUAUUAAUGAGGUACGCAGACUUUGUUUAUUUUGUUGUUACCAGUAUAUUAAGUUUUAUUGUUGUUCUUAAAUAUAACAUAUAACUUAAUAAAGUAGGACUAAGUUUG